AUCUACUUGUUGGCUAAAUCUUUCUAUGGAUCGGGGCAAUACAAGAGAGCUUUACAUUUACUUACAUCAUCAUUUGUAAAUUUUUCUCAAACAGCACCAAUGGACUGUUUCUUUUUGGCUGCUAAAUGUUUGGAAAGAUGUGACGAUUGGUUGGAAAUUCUGAGCUUAUUAGGCGACAAUGAUAAUGAAUUUGAACAAAUCUUGGCAAGAAAUGGAUCUGAAAAGGUUGGUAUUUCAUUUUUAUUACGUAACUACAACUUUUUGUGUUUUUUAAGAGCCAAAUCAUUUGACAUGAUUGAUAACAAACAGAGAGCAAUUACAUGGUAUUCAAAGACUCUUGUUAAUGACCCAAAUUUUUAUGAAGCAUUUGAGAAAUUAGUUGAAAAGAAUUUAUUGACAAACGCAAGUCAAGUAUCACUUUUAAAUCAAAUUAAUUUUUCCCAAGAGGAUCAGUGGGUUAAAUACUUUUAUGAAACAAAAAUUGAUAGAUAUAGCUUUGUUAUUGAAAAUAGUAAGACUGCUCUUAAAAAAUUGAGCGUGGAAUAUAACUUGUCUAAAAAUCAUGAUGUAAGAUGCAGUGAAGCAGAAAGGCACUUUUAUUCCCAAAGAUUCAAUCAAGCUUAUGACAUUACCAAGCAAAUUAUUGAAGAAGAUCCAUACAAUCAGACGUGUUUACCAAUUCAUAUUCUUACUUUGAUUGAACUCAAUAAGAAAAGUGAAUUAUUUUCACUUUCACACAAAUUAGUUGAUGAUUAUAAGGAAUCGGCUGUUUCUUGGUUUGCCGUAGCUUGUUACUAUUACAGCAUUAAAAAAUUCGCAUCAGCACGGUCUUACUUUACAAAGGCAACUAAUCAAAAUCCUCACUUUUUGGAAGCUUGGUUAGGCAUUGGACAUUGUUUUUCUGGUGAUAAUGAACCAGAUCAAGCAAUGGCAGCUUAUAGAACAGCUUAUAGAUUGUUUACUGGAAGUCAUUUACCGCCUCUGUAUAUUGGGAUGGAACAUAUGAAAAUUAACAAUCUUACACUAGCUCAAAAAUUUAUUGAGCAAGCCCUAACAAUAUGUCCAACAGAUCCCCUAGUACAUAACGAGUUGGGUAUGAUUUGCUACAAGUGGAAGCUCUAUGAUGAGGCCAAAAAACAUUUUGAGAAAGCCUUACGACUUAAUCCAAGAAAAGAUGAUUACUCGAGUAUUGUUCAAAUGUGGGAACCCAUCCUUUUCAAUUUGGCCAAUACUUAUAGAAAAUUGAAACAAUAUGAACCAGCAUUAAUCAAUUACAAAAAGUGUCUGAGUUUACAACCAAAAAAUGCCUCAAUAUACUCUGCUAUUGGUCAAACAUACCAUUUACAACAAUACAGUGGCAGCUCCAAUUUACACACAGCUAUAGAGUACUACCACAAGGCGCUUGCCCUUCAGCCAGAUCAUUCAUUUACAGCAACAAUGCUAAGUAAGGCACUAAUU